UCCCCGUAUGCAAUGCAAGGUGACGACUCCAAUCUCGUCCACAAUAUUCUACUCGCGAAACAACAAGAACCAAAAUUCUAUAUUCUAAAAAGAAAUUCAGUGAUUGAGCUCAUUUAUAUGUUGUUACCCUGAUAUAAAUAAAUCUACAGGACAUUGAAUUGGUGGGCUAAUAAGAAGAAUGUAUUGAAUUAACAUCAAAGAUUGAUGGAAUUAUCUUGAUGCAUGGAUUCAUCUUCUAACAUCAAAGCAUUUGAGAAGGAUCUGGCAUAGACUGUACUUAAAAGAAAUAAAUUGAAGGGAAGAGGAAAAUAACGCAGAGUGGAGGCAUUGGGUGGGCGGAGAUGCAGGGUCAGGGGCACGCGCGGUCAGGGUCAAAUGCGGGACGGCAGCCGCAGAAUGCAAAGGCGGCGGCGCAGAGGCUGGCUCAGGUAAUGGCGUAUCAACAAGCCGAUGAUGACGAAGAGGAAGACGAGCUGUAUGAAUACAACCCUGUGGUUGUGGCUCCCUCUACAGCUGCUAUUGGCCUUGGUGGAAGGCCCAAUCGAACUCGUACUCCUCUGUCAGUCCGGACAUCCAUCGAACCACAGGCAUCGACUACCCGUCCGGCAUCACUAGGAAUCCGACCAUCUGCAUCUACUGACUCUUUGGGUCAAAAGCCAGUUCGUGCAUCCAUAGAAGCAAAUGCAUCAUCUACACGUCCAGCAUCAAUCCGUACAUCCAUAGAACAACAUGCACUGACUACACAUCCAACGUCAAUAUUAGGAAUCAGACCAUCUUCGUCUUCAGAGUCUUUAGAUCAGCAGCCUUUGUCAACUCGUUCAACGACACCUAUUCGAACUUCUCUCCGAUCAGGCUCCUCCUUGGAACAUCAACAACAGCAACAGCAACAGCAUGUACAUGUUCAUCAACAUUCUCAUUCAUCUAUCCAAACCACUUCUUCUACUUCUGCAGCUAUCCCGAGUAAGCUAACUUUUCAAUCUAAAAACACUUUGGAACAACCACUAUCUGCUCGCGCACCAACUACACCUUUGGCUAGCAAUCAAUUAUUGUCUCAAUCCAGCAUCCCGGAACAGCCUCUAUCUGCUCGUGCUCUAGCAGCUAACCGCUUGGGUCACUUCGGUGGCAAGCCAGUUCCUGUUGUACCUUCUAAUGUGCAUUUCUCGCUCAGACCAGUUGGUUCUAAUGCAGCUGCAAUUGAGCCUCAUCCUGAAGCUCGUAAAGAUAAAAGGUCACUGAGCAGGUUAUCAGUAGAUUUUGGCACUUUCAAGUAUAAAGAACCUCCCACUCAGCCAUCUUCAUCUGCUUUACAAGAUGAGGUUGACAUGCUUCAAGAAGAGAAUGAAAGUUUACUCGAAAAGCUUCGACUUGCAGAAGAGCGUUGUGAAGAAGCUGAGGCAAGGGCUAGGCAGCUUGAGCAGCAGGUUGCCAGUCUUGGGGAAGGUGUGUCAAUGGAGGCUCGUCUUUUAAGCAGGAAACAAGCAGCUCUACAACAAAGGGAGGCUGCUCUAAAAGUUGCAGCACAAACUUACGGUGGAAAAAGUGACGAGCUUGCAGCUCUUCGAACAGAAGCUGAGUCCCUGCGAACUAUGACUCGAAGAAUGAUACUGAGUCAAGAAGAGAUGGAAGAGGUUGUUCUCAAGAGGUGUUGGCUUGCACGCUAUUGGAGUUUAUGCGUCCGCUAUGGUAUUCACACAGACAUAGCUGGAGCAAAACAAGAAUACUGGUCAUCCCUUGCCCCUUUACCGUUGGAAGUUGUGUUGGAGGCAGGGCAAAAAGCUAAAGAUGAGAACUCAUUACUUUACAAUGAUCCAGAGGAAAGGGAAGCACUUCCGCAUGAUCUGAGUGAACUUUCAGGAGACGGGAAUGUUGAAAGUAUGCUACUAGUGGAUAAAGGUCUUCGGGAACUGACAUCACUAAAGGUAGAAGGAGCAGUAGCCCUAGCAAUGGCCCAACAAAGGCGUCUAACUGCACUCAAAGCUACAGAUGACAUGAGGCUACCAAUGGAAGGCCAAAGCUUUUCAGAAGCAUUUGAAUUGAGUCCGGAGGAGACAGAAGAUGUGCAAUUUAAGCAGGCGUGGCUCACAUACUUGUGGAGAAGAACCAAAAAUCAUGGAGUGGAACCAGAUAUUGCAGAGGAGAGAUUACAGUUUUGGAUUAACCAAGGUGGUCAACCUCUCACUUCACAUGAUGCUGUUCAUGUCGAGCGUGGCCUCAUAGAGCUCAAGAAAUUGGGGAUUGAAACCCAAUUAUGGAAAGAAUCUCGCCGAUCGAUAGAUCCAGAAAACACCCAAAAAAUGCAAAAGGAAAAUGAUUUUUGACAAUGAGUUGUUUCUCUCUCUUUCCCAUCAAUAAUCUUUUUAUUCAUUUGGUGAAUACCAUUAUUUGCUGCACAUAUCUUAGUGUAGAUUCUCAAGUCCUAUUUGUCGUUGUAUGUGGAUGAGGCUUAAGCUAUUUUGAUGUGUUUCCACUAAAAGAGACAGCCAGAAUAUGCAAUCGACAAUUGAAGAACCAUCAAGCUAUGCGUGGUGGUAAAGGUUUCCUCACCCAUAAUCAAUGAAAAUUCCUUUGGGA